AUGGACACAGCACUUAGUGCUACAAAUUUGAGCCUCUUGCGAUAUGAACCUAGUCGGCAACUGGGCGGGAACGGGACAUACUCGGAAGACUACGAAAACUUGAUGAGGUUUCUGAAAAUAAGUUCUGUGGUUUUCCCAAUGGUUUUUGUUUUAUUUCUCAUCAUUGGUAUAAUCGGAAACACUUUAACCAUCUAUACUAUAGCUAAGAGUAAAUGUCUUAGCACCAGUCCGAACAUUCUGUUUCUCAAUCUAGCAUUGUCCGAUCUCAUUUUUCUAGCAGUUUGUGUACCUCUCCAGGCGGCCUACUAUGGCACCGAGUAUAAUUUACUACUCGGGGAUGGAUUAUGUAAAAUUUUCAAAUACACCAUAUUCGUAACCACGGGAGUGGGUGGAUACUCGCUGGCCGCAAUUUGUGCAUUUCGAUGCUUUGCCAUUGCCAAGCCAAUGCGAUGCGGGAUGGUUCUGACCAAACGGCGAGUAAAAAUGGUCAUCAUUUCAAUAUGGAUUUCUUUGCUUCUUGUUAACACACCGAUUGCGAUAUACUAUAUGGAGCAUCAGGGUGUUGCAUGCUCCCCUGUAUUUGAGUUCCAAUACCAAACGACGGUAUUCGUGGUCAUCACAACAGCUGCAGACGUGUUAGUGCCUCUUCUGAUUCUCUUUAUAGCGUCGAUGUGCAUUGUUGUAGCUUUGCGAAAACGAGACAUUUCAAUAGAAAGUUUCUCUGAAGAGGAGCUAGCAGAACAAUCAAAGAAACAAACUAUGAAACAGAUGAUUCUAGUGGUUUCUGUUGCCCUGGUAUUUUGCGUAUGUUGGGUUCCUUUCACCAUGAUUACAAUUGUUUGCGCUCUUGGCGUCGGGCCAAAGGGCAUCACGUACAUCAUUAUCUCAAGCACGGCUCAGUUAUUAGCUUUUUCAAACUCUUGCAUAAAUCCUAUAGUCUACAAUUUCGUUUCUAAAGAAUUCCGUCAAGGAUUCCGCCAAGUAAGUGACAGCGCUCGGUGGGCAGCGCUUCGUUUUAUGCGGAGAUUCUCCUCACAUGAAUCAACAAGGACGAACACCUCUGUGUCAACCCCACACGUAUGUCACGACGUUAAAAACGACAACUUCGGAAUUGCAACGAGGACGACUGGUAGCAGAGAUACACGUGUACCUGAACAUAUUGUUCUUGGCUGA